AUGUCGACCGCAGUAAAGCGAGCCUGCGAUGCUUGCCAUCGGCGGAAAGUGAAGUGCGAUGGCGUCAAUCCUUGCCGAAACUGCGCCUCCGCUCAACUGUCCUGCACGUACAACGCCAUUCCGCAGAAGAAGGGGCCAAAAGGCUCUCGCGCGAAAGUCAUCAGCGAGCUUCGCGAGAAUCAGCGCCAGUCGAGUCUUUCGGCUAAGAUCCAAAACCGCAUGAAUGGCAACAACAUCACGAACCCAACGUUCACACCAACCCAGGGCCUCUUGACAAACGAAAUGGUCAAGGCUUGUAUCGAUUUCUUCUUCGCCAAUUUGUAUCCGACUAUACCCAUUUUGAGUCGCCAACGUGUUGAACAGGAUGCCAUGUCCUUAGAUACCACCUUAGACACUUACUGCUUAUUGUCUUCGCUAUGCGCCUUUAUGAUGUUGCAGCCCGGCAUGCCAUUUCCCAUCACAGACCCGUACGGACCCGACAGCAUACCUGGCGCUUCUAUUAUUACAGCUACCUUACUUCUCGAAGAGACCCUUCGUGUGCGUAAAGGCUACGACUAUAUGCAAAAUCCUUCACUCUACACAAUCGCUACAAACUACUUCUUGUUUGCCUGUCACUACGGGCUUGACCUCCACGACAAGGCCUGGUGCGACCUCCGUGAGGCUACUACUCUCGUGCACCUUGCACGGAUGAACAAAGAAGAAGCAUAUCAGGCCUGGGACAAAGUUGACGCUUCACGCCGGAGGCGCAUGUAUUGGCUACUUUACGUUGCUGAGCGCGCGUAUGCCUUGCAGCACGAUCGCCCACUGUCCCUGAAAGCCACUAUUGACCUUCCCACACUCUCCGACGAUCCCAGCGACCCAUUUGCAAACCAGCUGGCUGGAUUUUGUCGAAUUGCUUCACUAUUUCAGCCCUUUGAUGCGCCAUUUGUGGACAUUUGGAAUAUGACUCGCUCUAGUUGUACGUCGUCUCAAGUGGCAAGCUUGCAGAAGCAGCAUAGCGAUACUGUCAAUGCACUGGCCAAUACCGACCCACAGCUCGAUGAUGUUAUGCGGAAUCGACAAUGGCUGCAGAACCUUGUAUGGCAAAUCAACCUAGCUAAAGGAAACAGCUCGGCUAGAAAUGAUCAGUCUACGUAUCAGUACCCAGUCACGGACAUCUCUCGAGAGAUCAUCCCUAUGGCAGCAUCUCUCUCAAAACAGGGAUCUCCUGAACUGCUCAACUCCGGGCUGAUUGAGUCCCUUAUGACCGUCACGAACGGCCUCACGGACGUAUUUGCUGCGAUGCCGUCAUCUGGAAACCCGUUUACCGCAAGUCCGCGUGAUCAUCUGCACCAACUCGCCAGCAUCUUAGCUAUGCUCCGCAUUGGCGAGCAUCGCUUCGCCCCUCUACUUCUCGUGAAGAUUCAUGAGGUUUUACCUCGUUUGGCCAAUCCAAUGUUGCAGUCCCCCCCCGACACUGCAUGUGACAUCGACAUCUUCGAUGGUUUUGGCAGUGCAGGCAUGGUCUCGCAACAGUACCUUCCUUUGGACGAUUUCAAAGCAGAAGGCUCGACCUCGGCUGGCGCCACCUCAAUACAGGAUGUGCAUUCUCCAUUUGUGUCGUCACCCCCCACACUUUCCCCUGGGUUAGAUUUCUCUCGUGGCAUGAAUACGGACUUCAACCCAAUCGCCGACAUUGUUAUGCAGUCCCAGGCACCUGUCAAUGUCGCUUCCCCUAUUUCCGCGGGUGGGGCUAUGUCCAACGACCAUCAACAACAACAACAACAACAACAACAACAACAACAACAACAACAACAACAACACACCGCACAAGCCCCUCAGAUAUAUCAGCAAGGUCAAAUGCCGCCGCAAUUUUCUCGGCAGCAACAACAUCCACAGCACCGACUUCAGCAGCAGCAACAACAAACAUCGCAUGUACACCAGCUGUCUUCUCACCACCAGCACCAUCAGAUACAACUGCAACACCAGCUCCAGCAGUUAAACCAACGUACUCCACAACCUCUGACUCAGUCUCAUUUUCAGCAACAAUCACAACAGCCUCAGCAAGUAUCCAUGGUUCAAGACAUUGGCGGCAAUCUUGCAAUUCCGCCCCAUAUGGACAGUGGUCUGAGCCAAGCACCUACCAUGAAUGUUACUGGCCAGCCAAUGAAUCAAACCCAGGGCAUAGCCAGCAUGUUAGGCAACCAUGGUUUUGGCGAUGCAAUGAGCGCCAUCGGCACGAGCUUACACUCGGCCAGUUUGGAUAUCCGGUCCCAACCGCAGCAAUCGUCUGGCUUUAAUAUGGCCACUACGCAACUACGUACUGUUGGCGAUUUCCAGAGUUUACAGCGUUCUGGUUCCGACCCUAAUUCUCUCAACCCAAUUGUAGUGAGCGACAUAGGAAAUGAGCUGGGUUUUGGUGCGCUGAGAUGA